GCCCCGGAGCCUCUCCUCGGCCGUGUGGACCGACCGCGCUUCGGCGACGUGGCGGAGCGGCCACCGAUCUUUAGCCAGGAUGCCUUGAAGUCGGGAGCCAAGGGGAAGCAGAAGUCAGGCGAGGGCGCAGGGAAGCAGGGCGUCCUGGGCGCCAGCAACCUGUCUGACUACGUUGGCCAAGUUCGGGAUGCCUACGAGACCAUGACUCCUGGCUUUGUGAAGGGAUCUUGGGGGUUCCGCACGGAGAGCACUCUUGGGCGGUUUUGGGUGCAGAGAUGCUCAUGGGAGCUCCACUGA